CUUGGAACUAGGUGUUACACUUAACACCUUUCCACAAUGUGAGCGGAAAAAAUCGUUAAGAAGAUCGUUGUACAUAAUACAAAUACAUUUACCUGCGAUUUUAAUACUUGAAAGUCAUAUAUUUUUUAGGUCAUGUUAUCGAUUCGUUAGAUUCGAAUUUUGCCAAGUUACCAGGCUCUUUUGCCAUAUUUGGAUUACAACAACGCCAUAUUGGAUCGCCAAUUUUCGCUUACACAACACAAGACAAGCGGAGUUACAAAAAAGUUGUACUCGCAACGCAACCUCGACACAAAAAUCGUUCGAUCCAGUUUAACAAAAGCGUUGGCUGACUAAGGCUGCUUAAAGUAUAGUAUACUUCACAUAUACUGUAGAGGUUGUAAUAAAAUACUAAAAAUCACUCCAAGUAGUCCGCUUUAACUAAAAAACAACUAGGCGAGACCAUCUGCCGCACCACCAGACCAGUGUGCAUCGCUAGCUGAAAGUUGUACAUAAGUUAUAUAUCUUAGCUGGUUAUCUUAGCUAUAUAUGAGUAAGACCAUUUAGAAAACAAAAAAUAAAGAUGGAAACUGACCAGCAACAAACUAAAAGUAUAACUAAAGACCUUGAUCAAUGGAUUGAACAGUUAAAUGAAUGCAAACAAUUGUCAGAAAAUCAAGUGAAAACUCUUACAGAUAAGGCAAAAGAAAUCCUUUCGAAAGAAUCAAAUGUCCAAGAUGUCAAAUGUCCUGUCACUGUGUGUGGUGAUGUGCAUGGACAGUUCCAUGACUUAAUGGAGCUGUUCAGAAUAGGUGGAAAAUCUCCAGACACAAAUUAUCUUUUUAUGGGAGAUUAUGUGGAUAGGGGAUACUACUCUGUGGAAACUGUAACUCUGCUUGUAGCUUUAAAGGUAAGAUAUCCAGAAAGAAUUACGAUAUUACGUGGCAACCACGAAAGUCGACAAAUUACACAGGUUUAUGGAUUUUAUGACGAAUGUUUGCGAAAGUAUGGAAAUGCCAACGUUUGGAAAUACUUUACAGAUUUGUUUGAUUAUUUACCUCUCACAGCUUUAGUUGAUGGACAGAUAUUUUGUCUACAUGGAGGACUGUCACCAUCAAUCGAUACUCUGGAUCAUAUAAGAGCAUUGGACAGACUUCAAGAAGUACCGCACGAGGGACCCAUGUGUGAUCUUUUAUGGAGUGAUCCAGAUGAUCGUGGUGGAUGGGGUAUCUCUCCACGUGGUGCAGGUUACACAUUUGGGCAAGACAUAUCUGAAACGUUUAAUCACACUAACGGACUAACACUAAUCGCGAGAGCUCAUCAAUUGGUCAUGGAGGGAUACAACUGGUGUCAUGACAGAAAUGUGGUAACUAUAUUUAGCGCUCCAAAUUAUUGUUAUCGUUGUGGAAAUCAAGCUGCCAUUAUGGAAUUAGAUGACGCACUUAAAUAUUCCUUUUUACAAUUUGAUCCUGCACCGAGAAGAGGCGAGCCGCAUGUAACGAGAAGAACACCGGACUACUUCUUAUAGAUCCAAAAUUUUAUCAUAUGAAGAAGAGCAUGAAAGCUAUUUUAACAGCUACACAGCUCGAUAAAUGAUUUUUUGCUCAUGCGCGUUUCAUUUAUGUAGUGCAAGAAAUGUCGUUCUGUAAGACUGUAUAUAUUAACUUUGCUGUUCCUUGAUUAUUGCGAAGUUCUCUGAAAUCUACCUUUUUUAUUUCAAAUUUAAUGUACUAGCCCAGUCUUAAGAACCGUUGAAAGUUGAUUAUUCUUACGUGUGGCUAUUGCAGUAUACUGCUUUUAUGUACAUUUGGAUUUUCUAAAACAAUAUAAAUCUGAUAGUGUUUCGUUCGUGUUGUAUUGCUCAGAAAACCCUAUUCAUAAACUUGUAUUACAUCCCGAAUAGCAUUUUUUAGUUUUUUUAUCCUUGCCCUUUGAACAGCAAACUGAAUGUUACUACAAGUAUUAUUAUAUGAAACAGUUUUUCCUAUUCUUGCCACCAUAAGUGCUUGUGUGAGCGUCCACCCAGAGCGCUUAAUUAAAUAAAUAGUGAUUAGAUGGUAGCUAAUAGUAAUAAAUAAAAAUCGUAAAUAAAUAAAUUAAAGUUCA